UAGUCAGCGAGAGGCAUUGAGAGGGAGCUGGAGGUGUGUGGUGUGUAAAAUUGUAAUCCCACCGUUUUCAACUGUUGAUGUAAAACGGAAGAUCCUCAGAUCGUGUUGAGUUCCGUUUUUUAAAAUAUGUAAAAACCGGACCUUUGACUUUAUCUUUUAUACGGUAUACACUGGACUAAUUAAAAGAACAAGGGCAAAUGCAAACAGAUCUUUUAUUCUGCAUCAUUGCAGCAUGCAAGACAUUGAAGACUGAUUACAAUGUUAAUAUCCGUUCUGGAUCUAUAUUUUCUAUCUGGAUCUUCACACUCUAAUAAGCAUUCUUCAGGGGAAUUUGGUGACUCACUGAAGACACCGUGAGCCGAGGCGAGCUAUUGCAUUAUAAUCAGAGAGAAAUUGAGAGAGCUCUCCUCAUUGAUAUUACAAGCAGUACUUUCUGGACCAGUUUACUUGCAUAUACAGUAGUGUGCACUGAGUCUUCUGGCUUUCUAGUUUCUAAGAAGAUAUAGGUUCACAAGGAGAAAGAAGGGAAGCAACCUGUUAAUCAGAAGCAAACAAAUACUUGGAAGAGCACAAGCACUACAGCUAUUUCUUCUUGUGGAAACCGGCUUCCCAUUACACCACAGAUGUUUCUGGGCGUUCAGAAGAACAGGAGAGCGUUUCAUUUAAAUUCUAAAGGUGUACAACAUCACCGUUUGUAAUUAAAAAAACAACAACAAAACGAAGCUAUUUUCCUAUCGCAAAGCAAAGAUACAAAUAUAUAUAUAUAUUGCAGUGAGCAGAACUAUCUGACCGAUGAUAAUUACAUUGAAGAUUUGCAAUUUUGCUGAGCAGAUCAACAGGUCUGAAACUUAAAGCAUAUCUCAAAUAAUAAGCGAACACAUCGCAGGGGGAUGUAUCUUUCUGUUUUCUUUUUCCUUCUUCUUUGGGCUCAAGCCCUGACAUUGAAAAACUUAAAUUACUCUGUCCCGGAGGAGCAGGGACCUGGCACCGUGAUUGGGAACAUUGCCAAAGACGCCAGGCUCGGAGUUGGAGAAAGAAGCAAGAAACCCAGCUUUCGCGUUUUAGAAAAUUCAGCCCCUCAUCUUAUUGAUGUGGAUCCUGAAAGCGGACUGCUAUAUACUAAGCAGAGAAUCGACAGGGAAACACUGUGUCGACGAAACCCCAAGUGCCAGCUCUCUUUGGAGGUGUUUGCGAACGAUAAAGAGAUCUGUAUGAUUAAAGUGGAAAUCCAGGACAUAAACGAUAAUUCUCCCAGCUUCCCAUCCGAUCAGAUCGAUAUUGACAUUUCUGAGAACGCAGCCCCUGGGACACGCUUCCCACUAACAAGCGCACACGACCCUGACUCAGGGGAAAAUGGGUUAAAGACAUACCAGAUCACCCGAGACGAUUACAAUAUAUUUUCCCUGGAUGUGAAAUCGAGAGGAGAUGGGACUAAAUUUCCUGAAUUAGUUAUUCAGAGACCUUUAGACAGGGAGGAACAGAGCCAUCAUACCCUAAUAUUAACAGCUUUGGAUGGGGGCGAGUAUCCAAGAUCAGGAACUGUGCAAAUCAAUGUUAAAGUUAUUGAUUCUAAUGACAACAGUCCAGUGUUUGAACAGCCCUCCUAUACUGUAGAGAUCCCUGAAAACGCACCCUUAGGCACAGUAUUGAUAGAUUUAAAUGCUACAGAUCCAGAUGAAGGAAGCAACGGACAAGUGGUUUAUUCAUUUGGUGGAUAUGCACCAGACAAGAUCCGUGAGCUUUUCUCUAUUGACCCCAAAACUGGUGUUAUAAAGAUCCAGGGUGAAAUUGAUUAUGAAGAAAAUGGAAUUAUUGAAAUUGAUGUUCAAGCUAAAGAUCUGGGGCCCAAUCCCAUUCCUGGCCACUGUAAAGUCACUGUAAAAGUAGUUGAUAAAAAUGACAAUUCACCCAUCAUAGGCUUUGUUUCUGUCCGGCAGGGAGCCAUAAGUGAAGCAGCCCCUCCAGGUACUGUCAUUGCACUGGUGAGAGUAACUGACAAAGAUGCGGGGAGAAAUGGACAGCUCCAGUGUCGAGUGGUGGGCAAUGUGCCUUUCAAACUGGAAGAAAACUAUGAUAAUUUUUACACUGUAAUUACAGACAGACCUUUAGAUAGAGAGGUUCAGGAUGAGUACAAUGUGACAAUAGUGGCCAAAGACAGUGGGAUCCCAUCUUUGAAUUCUACCAAAUCUUUUACAGUGAAAAUCUUAGAUGAAAAUGACAACGCACCACAUUUUACCAAGCCCGUUUAUCUUCUGCAGGUGCCUGAAAAUAACAUCCCAGGGGAGUAUCUAGGGUCAGUAUUGGCCCACGAUCCAGAUUUGGGUCAAAAUGGCACUGUUUCUUAUUCUAUUUUACCAUCACAUGUAGGAGAUGUGUCAAUUUACACGUACGUGUCUGUGAAUCCCACAAAUGGUGCCAUAUAUGCUUUAAGAUCUUUUAACUAUGAGCAAACUAAGUUUUUUGAGUUUAAAGUUUUGGCAAAAGACUCAGGGUCUCCUCAUUUGGAAAGUAAUGCAACAGUUAAGGUCAGUGUUUUAGAUGUGAACGAUAAUGCACCGGUCAUUGUUUUACCCCUGCUGCAAAAUGACACUGCGGAACUUCAUGUGCCCCGUAAUGUUGGGGUGGGACACAUUGUGACCACUGUAAGGGCAGUGGACAAUGAUUAUGGAGAAAGUGGCCGGCUGACUUAUGAGAUUACUGAUGGAAAUGAAGAACACCUCUUUGAGAUGGAUUCAGUCACUGGAGAGGUCAGGACAGUCCACCCUUUCUGGGAAGAGGUUGCCCCAGUUGUGGAGCUUAUAGUUAAAGUGACUGACCAUGGAAAGCCCACCCUUUCUGCUGUAGCAAAACUGAUAAUCAAGGCUCAUUCUGGAUCUCUGCCAGAGGGAGAGCCCAGAAUAAAUGAGGAGCAGCGUCACUGGGACAUGUCUUUGCCUUUGAUUGUCACCCUGAGUAUUAUUUCCAUUAUCCUUCUUGCAGCUAUGAUUACCAUAGCUGUAAAGUGCAAACGAGAAAACAAAGAGAUCAGGACUUACAACUGCAGGAUUGCUGAGUAUUCUCAUCCACAACUGGGCAAGAGCAAAAAGAAGAAGAUUAAUAAGAAUGACAUCAUGCUGGUGCAAAGCGAGGUCGAAGAGAGGGAUGCCAUGAAUGUCAUGAAUGUGGUGAGCAGUCCUUCACUUGCAACUUCCCCCAUGUACUUUGAUUACCAGACAAGACUACCCCUCAGCUCUCCUAGGUCAGAGGUCAUGUAUCUCAAGCCCACCUCUAACAACUUGACUGUUCCUCAAGGGCAUGUUGGCUGUCAUACCAGCUUCACAGGGCCUGCAACUAAUACAACUGAGACUCCAGUAAAUAGGAUGUCAAUUAUUCAGGGACCAGCAAGAGGAAAUGAAUGCCACUGGCAUUUAGUUCACUCCAUUAAGACAGACAAUUUUCCCGCAGAGCCCAAUUACAUGGGCAGCAGGCAGCAGUUUGUUCAAAGCAGCUCCACAUUCAAGGACCCUGAACGUGCAAGCCUUAGAGACAGUGGGCAUGGGGACAGUGACCAGGCUGAUAGUGACCAGGACACCAAUAAAGGCUCCUGCUGUGAUAUGUCAGCUAAGGAGGCCCUGAAGAUGAAAGCAACUUCAGUUAAGCCCCAACCUCUUGAGCAGGAGCAAGAAGAGUGCGUUAAUUGCACGGAUGAGUGUCGAGUACUAGGACAUUCUGACAGGUGCUGGAUGCCACAGUUCCCCACAGCAAACCAGGCAGAAAGCGCAGAUUAUCGCACAAACCUUUUUGUACCAGCAGGAAUGGAAGCAACAGUGGAGACAGAAACUUAUGAAACUGUAAACCCCAAUGGAAAAAAGACUUUCUGCACAUUUGGGAAAGAGAAGAGAGAUCACACCAUCCUUGUUGCCAACGUCAAACCUUAUUUAAAAGCCAAGCGUGCUUUGAGCCCUUUAUUGCAAGAGGUGCCCUCUGCUUCAAACAGCCCCAGCAAAAUGUGUAUUCCUGCAUGCACAUCAACAAAGGGACUUAUAGAAGGCUGUGAAGGUAAAUCUGGCAACUUCGCAGAAACUAGCAACCAGUACAUUUCACCAAAUAAACAAUUGAAAGACUCCCCAUACCUUCUGUCUGAUCCCAUGGCUAAAGUCCUUGCUGAUGUGCAUUCAAGAGUAAGUCGAGAUUCGAAUGAGAUGGACUGUGUAUUGGAGCAGUUAGAUCAGUCCAAUCCAGAAUUAAACCGUGAGGGCAUGGAUGCUGAACAAGUUGUACGCGAAAUUGACAAGCUGUUACAGGACUGUCGGGGAAGUGAAGCAGCAUCGGUGAGAAAGUGAAAAAAACAACAACAAUGAUGACAACAGAAAAGAAACAAAGAAUAAAAUACACACUGACAAUUGCAAUGCAUCUUCUUAAGAAAGUGGAGGUGGCUUUAAAGGGAUGUGUCCUGAGACGGAUCCCUGAAGUGACUGAAGAUGCUGCUUCUGGCUUCUAGUAAGCAUUUCAAGUGCCCACCGACUCAUACCUUUUCACUGCAGUUUUGUCCUUCUUAAGGAUCACCAAUUCACAGCUGGGGAAGGUGGGGGAGAGCUGAAGACAUCUGUACUGACAAGAUGGGUGACAGAAUGUUAAGACAAUCAGAUAGAAACCAAUAGGUGGACUCUGUACCCACUUGGUCUAACUGAGGAGAAGAACAGACAAAUUACAAAGGAUUUCACUGUAUCAUUGUGGAAGUGCAAAAGAAGAUCUUUAUAGUUGGAGGGUUGGGGGGAGGGCUGGGAGAAAACUUUCGCAGAUCUUCACAUUCCAUCAGCAAUCACUUGUGUAAACUGUACUCCCUUAUAUUUAUCUGCUGCAUAGUACAUUCCAAAUUGAUGAAGCAGUACAAUAUACCCUGCUCAUUGUGUGAACUCCUCAUUCUUUAUAAAUUCCCAAUCUUUUCAUGUAAAGUAAUGUCCACUUGUCGAACAUCCCCUGUGACACACAUAAUCCUGUAUAUUAGGGACAUUCUUCUUCUACUGUGAAAGAUAUAUAUACUUAUGGGUAGUGUCCAGAUAAUAACAGAAUAUUUAUAAUUUUUUUUAAAAAAAAACAACGUUAAAAUGCUAAAGUGCAGUUAAUUGUGAAAUAUUUAUUUAUGAACAGCAGAGGACACUGCAAAGGCUCUUAAAAGGAAAUGUCCCUUCACAUUAUCACUAUACACAAUAUCUUUUAAUGUGAAAGUGUAUCGAAUUUAAUGUGUUUACAUCAAAUUACAUAUUUUUAUUGAUUUAUUGCAAUUUCUGUGCAUAUGAGCCAAAUUGUUAAGUGUAUAAGAGCUAUAUUGUGUAUUUUAUUAAAAUUAAUAUAUAGUUGUGUUGCAAUAUACUUGGGCUUAUAUUGUAUUUGGCAACUGUUGCCUUAGUAGCUGUCGAACUCUAUGAGUUUAAUUUCAUUUUUGUCUGCUCCCUUUUCCCCUCAGGAGUGGGUAGCAGUGCCUCAGAGCAAAGUCUCUUGUUUAUCAUUUGGUCAAAAAGUACUAGGAUACAUAAACUGUUCAAAGCUUCAUGAGCCAGCUAAUAAAAAAGCAACAACCAUAUGUUACAUUUCCUAAGCUGAAAUAUCUUUACCAAGGCAGCUAGAAUAUAUAUGUAGUUAUUUUUUUUAAAGAAAAACUUGGCAUUUUUACUACAGAAUUGUUUCAUUACAAAAUAAUAAAAGCUGCCUUACUAACAUUAGAAAUAAAAGAUAAAAUCUUAAUAUAACUGUAGUGCUCUUAUCUAUUGAGGACAUUUAACAGUCCACAUGAGAAUGUGCAGUACAGUUUUUUUUAUUGUUUUAUAGGACCAAAAAGGUUCCUUUUGAGCAGUUUAUGUAUUAUCUGUGUUUUCUGUGUGUAUUACAUUGUUAUUUUCACCAGAAAUCUCUAAGACUAACCAAACUUGAUAACUGAAAUUCCAUUUUACUUUUUUAAAAAAAAAUAAAGCACUGUUGUAGCAGUAGAAGCAGGGUUUAAUAUGUAUGUUCAGGGCUUAUAAUGUGAAUUAAGGCUUUUAACAAGACACAUUCAGAUCGUAGCUUUCUACAAUUUAAAAAUGAUUACAAUGAUUACAAUAUUAAAAGAAAUGUAAGAGAAACAUAUGGAAAGCUGUCAACACAGUAGUGCAGUGAUGAUUUUUCUAUACUGAGAUAAGAGGAAAUUGAAUCUAUAAAAAGAUGUUGGCCUAAAAAUGAAGUUAUGUGAAAAGUAAUGCUGCACUUACACUGGCAUAAGGGCAACCAUAGGCUAUUGCUUAAGAAUAUGGGUCAGACAUUGUUUAGCCAUGCCUUGUCCAUUCAUUUGUCAAAAUGAACCAACAUCCUUAGCAUAGAGAUCCUGAAACUGCCAAAGUUUUAUUGAUUUUAAUCAUCCAUUCUUAGAAGGAUUGAGUUCCGUUAAGUCCUGUUCCACAAAGCCUGGGAGCUAAGGAUAAAGUAAAACAUACAAUGUUUCUGAAUGAAUUGAAAGUAUCAAAUUGAAAAUCUUUUAAUAUUUAAAGUUUUCAGAACCAAUUUUUCACCAUACCAACAGCCAGGGAAUUGCAUUCUCUGACUAAUUUUAUAUAUAAAACUCAAAGGAACACGUUGCAACUUGUUUUUCCAACAUAGUAGUAGUAGUAUUGAACUACUAGAGAUGCAUUUUGGAAAGAGGAUACUUUGUGCUCAUUACUAAAUGAGAUUUUACAAAAGCCAGACAGGUUUGACAGGCCUGACAUGCUCUAUAUGUUACUGAGAACGGCUCAGAAACAACAACAAAAAGGAAACAGACUGUGUGGUGAGUGCUUAUGAUCACGUCUCUGCUAAACGAGGACUUAUGUCUGACAGUUUUCUUUCUUUUUUUCUAUCAUCAGACCAAAACUAAAUUCUUCUGUUUUAACAAAUAAAAACCUAAGAAAACAAGCUAGAACCAGAAUCAAGAAAGACUGUUUUUUAAGCAAAAUUUCUCUCUUUGACAUUUUUUAUGCAUGUCUGUCAUUGCAAGUGAUUUUCCUUGUUGGCAAAUAGUGGGCAAAAUGCCCAUCUAAUUCAUUUACUGUGGAAUGAGCAGUUUGCCCACAGUUUACCCACAGGGAGAAUAGGGGCAUACUGCAAUUGUUCAAUGUCAACAAUGAAUAAUAUUAUUCACAGGGUUUUUACAGUGACUUUAAAAAUAAAAGUUGGCAUUCAAACAUUGAGAGUUAUGUUAAUCAGAACAAAUGACCAAAACUUUUUAGACUUUGCUUAUGUCCUGUAGGCCUGUAAUCAGAAUUAGUCCUCUGAAAACUAACUGUGUUUCUAUGCAUAUGUGUGACAUGCUUUAUUAUUGCUGACUUUCAAGCUGUUUGUUGUCUAAUGGAGUAUAACUUGCUGAGGUCAACAAGUAGUUUGAAAUCUAGCAUAAUGUACACCUACUCAUUAUUGUCUAAUUACAUUCUUUUGGCAUCAGGCAGGAUUAAUUGGUGCAUUAGUCAGAAGGGAAUUUCGGCUAUCAAAGUUUGUUGAUUUGGAGUGUAAUUGAAUGAAACCUGAUUGAGGUCCUGACUCUUCCAGCCCCUAUUGGUCCAUGGGCUGGUGUUCAACAUUUAUCAGCCCCUGUCACCCCAUAGGGCUCUAAGCUACACCAGGCAGCUGGUGAAAAGAAAAGAGACAUACAUUGUAUGGAUUAUCUCAACCGCUAUUGUCUAAUGGCUGUGUUUAAUGUGAUCUAUCUGGAAAAUGAAGACUAUGAAUAAAAAGCAAUUACUAAUA